CGCUGCGCCGCGCACGACGCGCCGGCCACCAUGUCCGGCUCCGACCUGGAGGAGCGCGACGAGAACAAGCGACACUCGCGCAACACCAACGAGAAGAAGCGCCGCGAUCAGUUCAAUGUGCUGGUCAACGAGCUGGCGCGGAUGGUGGGCGGCGCCGGCCGCAAGAUGGACAAGUCGGCCGUGCUGCGCUCCACCAUCGGCUUCUUGCGCGCGCACCACGAGAUGUCGGCGCGCGGCCACGAUGACGACGCCCCUGAGGAAUGGAAACCGUCGCUACUCACCAACGAUGAGUUCACGCAGCUGAUGCUGGAGGGCCUAGACGCCUUCAUUCUGGUCUUCAAUAACCUCGGCAAGAUCCUCUACGUGAGCGACAACGUGACAUCGCUACUGACGCUGCUGCCGGAAGACGUGCUGUUUCAGUCGCUGUACGAGCUGAUGCCGGCUGACCAGAGCGCGGCGCUAUAUGACCUGUUAAGUCGGGGUGUGCCGCUACAGCUGGAGGGCGCCGAGCCCGGCCGCUUCUCGCUGAUGCUGCACCUGCGCCGCGGCUGCACUGGUGGCGGCGACGGCGGCGACGGCGGUGGAGGACCGCAGUACGAGCUGGUCCAGCUGGCCGGCCACGUGCACCAGCCGGCGGUGGGCGCGACCGGCCCGCUGGAGGCGUCCGGCGCCGUCUACAUCGGCAUCUGUCGGCUGCAGGCGUGCCAGCUGGUGCGCGAGCUGGUACCGGCCGACCACUGGAAGAAGGAGUUCACGUCGCGUCACAGCCUCGAGUGGAAGUUCCUGUUCCUGGACCACCGCGCGUCCCACCUUAUCGGCUACUCGGCCAUGGAGGUGCUCGGUACGUCGGUGUACGACUACUGUCACGGCGACGACCUCCACGGCGUGGCCGAUUGCCACCAGCAGCUGAUGCGCGUUGGCCAGGGCACCUCCUGCUACUAUCGGUUCCUCAUCAAGGGCCAGAAGUGGCUAUGGCUUCAGACGAAGUACUACAUCACCUACCACCAAUGGAACUCAAAGCCUGAAAACAUUGUGUGCACGCACCUGGUUGUCAGCCACGCAGAGGUGCAGGCGCACCAGCAGCGGCACAAGCUGCGCUGCGUCACGCCGACGGCGGCGCCUGAGCUGCAGCUGCCGGCAGACACCGACCCGCUGUGGUCGCCGGUUGUGGCGUCGCUCCCGUCGCCGGCAGACAGUCUCUACCUGUCGAGCUUGGCCGACGACACGAUCGGCGCACUCUGCAAGACCGAGGGCGUGCUGAGCCCGAUGAGCGUGCACUGCGUCCAAUCUCCGGCCCAACAGCAGCAGGAGCAACAGCAGCUGCAUCAACAGCAGGAGCAGCAGCGACAGCAGCAGCAUGAACAGCAACAACAACAACAACAGCAACAGCAAAAGCAGCAACAGGAGCAACAGCAACCGCCGCCGCCGCAGCAGCAGCAGCAGCACAAACAACAGCAACAACAGCAACAGCAAAAAGAACAACAACAACAGCUACAGCGGCAGCAGCGACAACAGCAGCAGCAGCAGCAGCAGCAGCAGCAGCAGCAGCAGCAGCAGCAGCAGCAGCAGCAGCAGCAGCAGCAGCAGCAGCAGCAGCAGCAGCAGCAGCAGCAGCAACAACAACAACAACAACAACAACAGGAGCAGCAGGAGCAACGAGAGCAACAGCAUCAACAGCAUCAGCAGCAUCAACAGCAUCAACAGCAACAGCAGCAACAGCAACAACAACAACAGCAGCAACAAAAACGGCAACAACAACAACAGCAGCAACAGCAGCGGCAGAAGCAGCAUCAGGAAGAAGAGCAGCAGGAGCAGCAGCAGCAGCAGCAGGAUGAGCUGCAACAACGUCAGCAGCAGCAGCAUCACCACCAUCGGCUGCAGGAGCAGGAGCCGGUGUCGCAGCAGCUGCAGCUGGUGCCCGAGCAGGCGAGCGUGGUGCACACGCAGCGACAAGUGCGGGACAGUCUGUUGUGGAAGCACCACCAGCUGCAGCAGAAGAUCUGCCAGCAGCAACAGGAGCUGGCGCAGAUCAACGAGCUGCUGCUAGCCAACUGCAGCGCUGUGCCGUCGCCCCGCCCCCGCUGUCGCGACCUGGGACAUCAGGUGGCUGUCCGUGACUAG